GAAAUGAGGGUAUCUUUUCGUGAUAACACUUUUAAGAAUUUGACGUCGUUACAAUCAGUGAAUCCAGAGCAAGAUGAAAUCAGUUGCAUUUGUUGGGGAGAUUAUGAUAAGGUUCUUUUUUCACGAUUAAAUUGUCUUCUUAAAGAAGGUGGCUUCAAAACGUGCUUUUUAAUUGGUGAAUAUAUUUUAACGGCUGUUGAGACGGGUCAGCUUACUUGUUGGAACAAGAACGGUGAACAGAUUUUUGAAUUGGACGCCGGCAAUAAUUUAACAGUACUGGCGGAUAAUGAUCCUGCAGAAUUUUAUUGUGCAACGGCCGGCAAGGAAAACCCGAUAAAGUUAUGGGAUAUGAGAGCUCAGAAAUGUUUUUGGGAAGCAAAAAAUGUUCGUCCCGAUAAUUUAAUGUUACGUGUACCUAUUUGGGAUACGAGUGUAAAAUUUUUACAUGAUUCUCACUGUAUCGUUUCAGCAACAAAGCGGCAUCAAAUUCGGAUUUACGAUCCAAAAACACAGCGUCGACCAGUGAAAGAGAUUGAAUGGUUAGAAGAUCCAUUAUCUGCUUUGGAAUUGGCCAUGAAUAACAUGCAUAUUUAUGUGGGUAAUACGAAAGGAGAAAUGGGCAUGUUUGAUGUGCGAGGCAAAAUACGCAAAUAUAAGGGAAAUGCUGGCUGUAUAACAGGGAUAGUUGGUUCUAAAUUUUGGCCUUAUCUCGCUUGCUGUUCUACAGAUCGAUUUGUUCGCUUAUAUAAGAUGGAGGCAAAAGAACCAUUGCGAAAAGUAGGUCUAUAUAAACCAUUUCUAUUAAAGAAAUCUCUUGUUGUUAAAUUUGUUUCCAGAUUUAUUGCAAAAGUUCUCUAA